CAACCUCAGUUCGUGUUGGACAACCGUCCGGGUUGGUGGUUUAAAAAGUGUUUUCCUUUUUUUCGGUAGUAAAAGUGUGCUGUCUAGUGCAGAUUUAGUGCUUGUUUGAGAAAUUUUGGAACCCCCAAAAAUGGGCUCCGGUCACAGUUGGGUACUGUUGGCCACUUUGCUUGUGGGCUUGUGCGUGGCCGAUGAUGUUUCCCCGGAUAACAGACCAACUGGAACGGAUACGUGGGCUGAUAAGCUGAAAAAGGAUCUUUUCGUCAAUUACGAUCCCAAUCUUCGGCCAACGCAGCACUACAAUGUGACCAACGUCGAGGUUAAUGUCACCGUCACCCACGUUGACAUUGACGAAGCGAAAUCCAUCUUCACCUUCAGCGGUUGGAUUAAAAUGCAAUGGAACGACGACAAGCUCAAGUGGAAUCCGGACGACUACGCCAAGCUGGACGUCAUCCGGACCAACCCGGACAGCGUUUGGAAACCGGACAUGGUCCUGUACAACAACGCUCGUACUUCGAAUAUCGAACACUAUGGUAUGACGAACGUGCUGAUAUACAACACCGGACAGAUUCUGUGGGUACCGCCCAUGGACUAUCACGCGAAUUGCAAGUUGAACCUCCGGAUGUGGCCAUUUGACCAGCAAACCUGCUUCGUCAAGAUCGGAUCGUGGACCUUCGAUGGGUACAAACUGAACCUGACCCAAGUAGGAGAACCAGAGCUCAACAUCAUCGUAGACAACAACGAGUGGGCCAUCCAAAAAGUCGAUACGGAAACCCACACCAAGUACUACGCGUGCUGUCCUGAACCCUACAUGGACAUCCAGUACAACGUGACCAUGCAACGCCAGUCCGCUACCCACAAGGCGAUCGUCGUCAGUCCGGCCUUCGUGAUUAUGCUGCUGGCUCUGUCGGUGUUCUGGCUACCCCCGAACUGCGGCGAAAAGAUCAUCCUCAACGGCAUUAUCACACUGAUCGUAACCGUCUUCCUGAUCUACUUCGCCAUGCAACUACCCGCCAUGUCCGGAAAUACCCCACUAAUCGUGACCUUCUUCAGCACCACCCUGUACCUGGUGGCGUUCGGGACGAUCCUGUCGGUGAUCGUGCUCAGAAUGUGCCGCGUCAGACAUACCGGGGCCGUUCCGGAGGGCAUCAAAAGCCUUGUGGACGGAUGUCUGGGGGAAGUCGACGAUAUCAAGGAUGCCGCUGGGGACGAGAUCUCCAAGCAACGGGACUGGUGUCGGUUGGCUGGGCUCGUCGAUAAGCUGGCCUUUGUGGUUUAUCUCGUGAUUUACGUCAUUUCCAUCAUCUACUACAGCCUGUAGACAUUUUUUGCGUGGGUGGCCAAAUAACACGAUCUUUUAAAGAAAUUUUAGGCAGCGAAUGUUAAUUUUAAGUGUUAUAUGUUAGUUGAUACUAUACCGUCACAUUACGCUAUAAUAAAACUUUUACCUCGCUCGAUUUUAUAAGAUAGA